AUGGCCGCCUCGAACGCUAAAUUCGUGGGCAACGAAGAAAACCCUUUGCCCGAGCGACUGGUCUUCGCACAGAAGACCUCGCGAAGUCGUGCCACGAAAGACCUGCAGACGCUUUUAGAAACAGAACUGUACCACGAUCUGGACGGAGUUGCUGAGACGAUGGAGUCGUUGAAGCGCAUGGGCGUACAGUGUGGAACGUACGGCGAGGUGACGUAUAACGGCGUAACAAAGCUGAUCGAGAAAAUUCGCACACUUGCGGCAGACGAGCACCAAAAUUGGUUGCUGGACAAAGAUGAGGAACCGAGCGAGGAAGAAGGAGCAGAGACAACAGCGGACGUGGCAAAAAAGCAGCAAAACGCGCCGCCGUUGAAAGAAGUUCUCGCCACCCACGAUGUUUUUUACGACCUCGGUAGCGGCGUCGGCAAACUCUGUCUGCAGGUUUUUUUGACGACAGAAGUGUCCAAGGUCGUCGGGGUGGAGUGGGGCGAGACCAGGUAUCAGAAAGCCCUGAAGGCGAAGGAGCGACUGUACGCACAACUUUUCACCACCACAGAAUCUUCACACGACGUCGACCAAAAGCGACUUCACUUCGACCAGCAGCUGGAAUUCCGUUGUGAGGAUGUAGCCAGGACGGGUAUUUCGGACGCGACCGUGGUCUUUUUCUGUUCCAUCGUUUUCGAGGAAGAAGUGGUCAAACGGGUGGCGCAGCGACUGCUGGAAAACGCGAAACAGUUGCGGUUCUUCAUCUCCACGCAAAAAGUUGCCGACGCGCAGUACAUGCGGGCGUUUAUUUCAACCGACAUCGGAAAGCAGCUAGAGCGUCGGUACGAAUUGGCCGAGCGCUGGCGCUUGCCCAUGAGUUGGACCUCAGCGGAAGGAGGAAACCUAGUGUACGUGUAUCGCCCCGUUUUGACCGAACAAAAAUUUCACGCGAACGCGAUUUAUGG